GAUAGUCAGCACCGCUGGAGUUUUCUGAACGAUCGGACGUUUGGUCAACAUGGCUCCGCUCAAAUCCAAACCCGGUAUGCUCUGUAAGAACCCUGCCACGGUCAAGACCAAGGUCUCCCUGCUCUCCAAUAUCAAGGUGUUUGUGAUGUGCCAUAGCUUGCUGCAGCUGUCCCAGCUUCUCCACACCUCCUACUUCAAGAGUAGCAUCAGCACUAUUGAGCGUCGAUAUGGCUACACCAGCGUUUCCACUGGCAGCCUCACUUCUCUGCAUGAGGUGGGCAACCUUCUUCUGGUGGUGUUCGUGAGUUACCUAGGCAACCGUGUCCACAGGCCUCGUGUGAUUGGCCUAGGUGGUCUUCUGAUGGCAGGAAGUGCUGCCCUGCUGGCCCUACCUCACUUCCUGUCCGAGCCAUACCAGUUCAACUCAGCUCUGACAGAGGAUGAGGGUGACAUGUGUGUGUUGAAUGGGACGUCCUCGUCCCCACUACACUGCCGUGCCGGCUCCCAUCAUGCUUUGCAGCAGCGUGUUCCGUGGGGUGUCAUGGCCGCCGCUCAGCUGCUGUUCGGCCUUGGCUCUGCCCCCAUCCAACCGCUUGGAAUCUCCUACAUCGACGACUUCUCAGAGCCAUCUAACUCAGCCCUGUAUAUUGCCAUCCUGUUCUCGGUGUCUAUUUUCGGGCCUGCCUGUGGCUACCUGCUGGGCUCCGUCAUGCUCAGGAUCUAUGUGGACGUGGACCGCCUGGACCCCGAUGCGAAUGUGGAGCUGGUUCCAUCGGACCCUCGCUGGGUGGGGGCCUGGUGGAUGGGGUUACUGGUCUCCUCCACCUGUCUGCUCCUCACCUCCACACCCUACUUCCUGUUCCCCCGUCAUGGAGCCACAUUUACAGAGGUGGCAAAGACGGAGACUGAUGCUUUAAAAGGAGACACGAUCACUCAGGACACCCCUUUCAUCAACAUCAUUAAAAUGUUCCCCCGGUUCUUCCUCCGGCUGCUGCUGAACCCGGUCUUCAUGCUGCUGGUGCUGUCCCAGUGCAUGUUCUCCUGCGUCAUCUCCGGCCUCGCCACCUUCCUGGCCAAGUACCUGGAGCUACAGUUCGGGACCUCCGCAGCCAAGGGCAGCUUCCUCAUGGGCGUGAUGAACCUGCCAGCGGCGGCCAUGGGCAUGCUGCUGGGCGGGGUGGUGAUGAAGAGGGCGAGGCCGUCAGCCAGAGCCAUCCCCUGGGCCUCCAUGGCCGCCCUGUGCGUCUCCAUACUGCUCAGUGUGCCGCUCUUCUUCAUGGGCUGCCCCCUGCAGGACGUCAGCGGCAUCAACAUGCACCCCUGGACCGAAGGGUCCUCGGCAGACUGCACAGCUAACUGCUCGUGUCUGGACACGGCCUUCAACCCUGUGUGUGGAGAGAACCAUCUGGAGUACAUAUCGCCCUGCCACGCAGGCUGCACCAACUACUCACUACACACUGGGAAACCUGUUAGGAUACAGGCCUACACGCAGUGCAGGUGCGUCGUGGGCCAGUCUGGUUUGGGCCAGGCGCUGCCCGGCUCAUGUGGUAACCGCUGCCACUUGCCACUUGGCACUGCCACUUUAUUUAUAUUCUUGGCCUACACGCAGUGCAGGUGCGUUGUGGGCCAGUCUGGUUUGGGCCAGGCGCUGCCCGGCUCAUGUGGUAACCGCUGCUCCGGCCUCCUGUUGCCUGCCAUGGUCCUCAUCGCAGUGGCCGGCUUCAUCUCCAGCCUGACCAACUCGCCUCUCUACAUGCUGGUGCUCAGGUGUGUGUCGCAGGAACAGAAGGUCUUUGCCAUCGGGGUGCAGUUUCUGCUGCUCAGGAUGCUAGCAUGGCUGCCGGGUCCUACUCUGUUUGGCGUGGUGAUGGACUCAGCAUGUGUAUGGUGGAAACGGAUGUGUGGCUCCCAGCUCGGCUCCUGCGGUUACUAUGACAACGAGCUCCUAAGAAGCAGGUAUUUCGGGGUUCAGAUGGGCCUGAAGAUUCUUGGCAUCAUUCUUCUGGCUCUGGCUGGUUGGAAGGUGCAGAGGGGACAGGGCUACAACCUGGACAGGAAAGGCCCUGUUGCUGUCUGAAAAGGGCCAAUGGCGUGCCGUCUGUCUCUCUCAAGGACCAAUCGUAUGCGUUAGUGAUUGUGCUUUUAUGGACUGAUGAAAUGGUGUGUUUCCUUCUUCGAAGGCUGAUCACAUGCCUUUGAGGACCAAUCAAAUGCCUUCUGACCUUUCUUUAGGCAAAAAAAUAUAACUCCUUUCCUUGGAACUGGCCAUACACCUGCCAUCUCUCCUGACCAAUCAUGUACCUUGCAGCCUUCCUUAGGACCAGUCACAUACUAUUAUAUAUCACUGUACUUUAACUUUAUUUUAUUUUUAGAGCACAAUUCAUACGAGAUAUUUUUUUAUUUAUUAAUUUAACCUUUAUUUAACCAGGAGAAAGGACCUGUUGUGUGAUUAAUAAUUUCUUUUGCAAGGACGCCAUGUCCAAGAAG